AGAUGGGUAAGAAGUUUAUGGUGCAUUUAUCAAGUUCAGUGUAGUAUUCUUAACCCUAUCGGAUACCAGCCUAUGUUUAACAGAAGCGUAUUUUGCAGUUGGCUCGAGAGAUGUUGCUAGCCCUAGCUGAGACUGAUGAGUGGUGAGACCUUGGACCUCGGCUGCCAGAGACUUGGGUCUUGUCUCCCACUGGUUGCUUAACCCCCGUCGCUUCCCACCGGUUACUAUCCUCCAACACUCGCCACCCCCCGCCGCCUCCCAACACCAUGAUGCACUCCUCUGGCUCUCCACACUCUGGCUCACCCUCUUACCCUUUGCCACACCCUCCCACACAAGUGUCUUCCCCGCCUCCUGUCACCUCUGGCCCACUGUUGCUAAGCCCACCUCCACCCACUUUCGACUCUCCAAACCCACCAUCAUUCACCCUCGCCUCAUCUGAGAACUCUUUUCACUCACUGUCCCACAACCCACCUCUAUCCAUCCUCAAUCAAUCUCGGAGCUCAUCUUCAACCACCUUCGACCAGCCUCAGAAUCCACCUCUAUCUGCACCUGACCCACCGUCUUGGAAUCUACUUCCAUCUACCCUCAAUCUAUCACCAUGGAACCCACCUCAGCUCAUCCCCGAUCCACCAUCUUGGAAACCAUCUCAGUCCACCAUAGAUCUACAAUCUUGGAGCCAAGCUCGACCCACCGACGACGCACCGUCAUGGAACACAUCUCAACCUAUCUCCGACCCACAGUCUUGGAACCCACCUAAUCUUGACCCAUCGUCUUGGAACCCACCUAAUCUUGACCCAUCGUCUUGGAACCCACUUAAUCUAGACCCGUCUUUGAACCCACAAUUACCCACUCUCGACUCACAAUCUAGGAAACCACUUAAACUAGACCCACCAUCAUGGAACCUACCUGUACCCACACCCGCUUCACAGUCUUCAAACCCACAUGCACCCACAGCAGGUUUACAGUAUUGGAACCCACGUGAGCCUCCGUCUGGCCCAUGGCCACAAAAGACAGGCGGUGAGGUUAAAAGUAGAGGCGGUGUGGAGGGAUGCGACACGGGAAGCAGCGGAUGGAGGUGGUCGUCGCCAUGGCCACACAAGGAGACAGUAACCAUGGGGUUGUCGUCGCUACCGUCGUGCGUUCUGGUGUUGUCGUCGGCAGCGGAGGUGGAGAUAACUGAAGGUGGUCACAUAUGGCGUCAUGAGUGGGGCAGGCCACUUCCCAACCAACCACCACCACACGCCGCCGCUCCUUACACUCUCAACAUCAACCUGCAACCACCUCUCCCAGGUGCGUCGACUGGACUGGCGGACAUAGCUGGCUCUCAGUGUCAGCCAUUACUGCAAAACCAGAUAACUUACGAGAUUUCACCAGACCACGAACUGACGACUGUGCAAACUGAUCCCCUGGGCGAGAACGCAGAUGACAACUUCAUUAAGUUUGAGGAAGAAUGGCGGGACCCCCAGGAGGGUCAUGUAACUUACAGUCUUCAUCAGAACCCGGAUGACGCUUCUAUGCCUACUCAAAAAAGUAAGUACUUUAUUAUAUAAACAGACUUGUAACUUG